UAAGUCCCAAGAGGAAGAUUCCAGAAAACACCCCCAGCCUCCCCUUUCUUUUUUCCUUCGUUUUCGCUCCUGUGACUUCCCUUCCUGCCAGAAGAGGAUUAGAGACGCUGAAGAUCGGCGGAGGAGCACCUGGGCACCGGCAACAUGGGUGCAGCUGAGUCAGCUUACCAAGAAGCAGGUUCAGUUGCAGACCUGAGGAUCGUCAUGGUCGGCAAAACAGGCAACGGGAAAAGUGCCACCGGGAACACCAUUUUAGGAAGGGAAGCGUUUACGUCCAAGAUGGAGGCCACAUCCGUCACCGACGAAUGUAAGAGUGAAACGAAGGUCCUGGCGAAUGGGAGAACCCUGACUGUGAUCGACACGCCGGGCUUUUUUGAUACAAAAUACCCAGAGCCAGUGACACUGGCGGAAAUUAAGAAAUGUGUCAGCUUGUGCUCCCCAGGUCCCCACGUCAUUAUACAGGUCAUCCGUAUGGGCCAUUUUAGCAAGGAGGAGAUGAAGGUCUCUGAGAUCAUCAAUAGUAUCUUCAGCAUGAAGGCCAAGGCCUACCUGGUCAUCUUGUUUACCCGCAAAGAAGACCUGGAGGGGCGCCCUCUUCAAGAGGUGCUGUCCGAGGGAGGCAAAAGCCUGGAGCCUCUGAGGAAGCAAAUCAAGAGUUGUGGGAAUCGGUACCUGGCUUUCAACAACAAGGCGGAAGGGAAGGAACGGCAGGAUCAGGUGGACGAGCUGAUUCGGAUGGUGGAUGGCCUCAGGGGGAAGAAUUGGCUGCAGCCCUAUUACACCAAAGAGAUGAUGGAGGAGGACAAGAAGAAGGCGCCUGGAUGGUUAUGUACCCUCCUCUGAUCCCGGAGUGUCUUCAUCACCGAUGGAGACCCCUGGGGGAUGCCGUUCAAACACACCUGGGUCAGCGCAGACAGCCACGGCUUUCCUUGGCUGCUUCAUCCCCCCCAAGGUAUUUCUUCUUCUUCAAUAAGCCAGUGGAAAACCUCAACUCCAUUUUAAUAGAGAUAA